AUGUUAGAAUAUCAGAAGGGACUAGAUAGGUGUGAAAGCAACAUCGUUAUUGUUCCACCUUCUAUUUAACAGGUCAAAGGGGAGUAUGACAUAUUGUGUUAAAAUAUUCAGUUAAUUUAGACUGUGAGGAGAAGUUCCUGAGGAGACUACAAUGAAGGGACAUAUUCUCACUGUUACCUCGCUGUACUUCGGCUGGGGGCGGCCGACCUGCUCCUGGUGCAUUAAUAGAGACAUUCCCAACUUAACAACUCACUUAAAUUCCAUAACUGGUAUCUUGUAUGAUCUUAUGUUACCAUAGCCCAGUGUUUCUUAAUAUAAGUGCACAGAAUUAGUCUUCAAAAGUCUUAGGGGAGCUUGUGCAAUAUUGCCAUAUUGCUUACUUUUGCCAGGGCAACAACAAAACAGUUGGGGUAGAAACAGGCUCACUAGUUCCUCACACACAGUAACGACCUGUCACACCCUGGCUCUGGGACUCAUUAUGUUGAGCCAGGGUGUGUUCAUUCUAUGUGUUCUGUUUCUAUGUUGGGUGUUCUAGUUCGUCAUUUUCUAUGUUUGACUGAGUGACUCCCAAUCAGAGGCAACGAGUGUCAGCUGUUUGCUGGUUGUCUCUGAUUGGGAGCCAUAUUUAAACUGUAUGUUUUCCCUUGGGUGUUGUGGGUUUUUGUUCCGUGUCGGUAUUUGUUUACCGUGGACUUCACGAGUCGUGUUUUGUUUGGUAUACUUUACUAAUUAAAGUCAUGUUUGUUUCACACGCUGCGCCUUGGUCUACUCACUCCUCUAACGAUCGUGACACGACCACACACUUCACCACAUCUGUACAGGUUGUGUUUCCAUGGCAGCAGAUGAUGUCAAGCGCCCUUGGGCUUCUGACUGGCCGGGCUCUCUAGUAUCACAGAAGAACUCUGCAACAAACAUCUGUGAGAAAAGAACGUUGAACAAUCUGCUGUUUUAGAACUUUGCUUGCAAAGAAUGAAGCUGUAGGCCUGUAGCAUCCAGGAUCUUCUCUGGAAAUAUAACAUAUUCACUGUUCUGAAGUCUCUUUGUUGAGUCACAUCCUUGUUCUUCAAGGAAGUGCAUGUUGAUGGGCAUGGAGAUCGUGGGCAUCACUAUGGGAGUAAUGGGAUGGAUUGUCUCCAUAGUGGCCUGUGCUUUGUUUACAUCGGGAUUGAUGGACUUUCCACAGUACAGAGAGGUCAGACUAACUCAGAUCAUCACCUACUUCUCCAUUAUUCUAGGGUUGCUAGGGAUGAUACUCUCCAUCUCAGCUACAGUGCACCAACUGUACCCAGAGAAAUAUGAAUAUGUCUAAAGUUGAAGUGAUUAUCUUUGGCGGAAUAUUCUUCAUCCUGGCUGGUCUCAUCCACCUGAUCUUGAUCUUCUUGGUUGCCCUUGACUUGACACCAAACUCGGACCAUGAGAACUUCCUGCGGAGUAAUAACCUGAUGUUCUCAGCUGAAUUUAAUAGGUGGGCCUCUUCACUGCUUCUGAUAGGAGGGACCAUAGUCUGCUGCUGCUUCAUGAGAAAAGCCUGAGUUGACAACUGUCUCUGAUUCCCUAAAUCGUGUCUUACACGACCUUAAUUUAUCUGAGCCAUUCUACCACUCUAAGCAAUAGGUUGUAAGCAAUACAUACAGUAUAGUUGGAAGCAAUAUGAUUAUUGAUAAUGGCUACACUUUAAAUGUUAGUCUUCAAUGCAGACUUUGAUCAGUUGAAUCAGGUGUGUUAUUGCCUGGCUGGAACAAAAGCCUGCACCCACACGGGCACUUUCAGGGACUGAUAAUGUUCUUUGAAUCAGUAAUCCUUACUAAAAAUGGCCACAUAAAAAAUAUUGCCAUGUGUUGAAUCAGUGAUGCACAGAAUAGACUCACAGUUACCACUUCCUUUUAAAACCACUUGAGAGGGAGAUGUAAGCAUGCUGUCUAAGGGCUGGGGUUGAAGUGGGAUGUUUCUAUAGGUGGUGGAAAUACCACCAAAUUAAACUACUUUUCUAUUAUUAUUUACAAUAAAAUGCAACUCUUUUUAAAUUGCAACUCUUGUGCUGUCUCCUGACUUCAUUUGGUGGCACCUCGUGCUUCUUCCUACCCCAGGGUUGUUUCUGGACUGGGCCAAGGUCUUAUCAUGGUCUAGGUAGUACGUACGUGGUCUGAGUUCUUAACCAGAUGUUAGUGGGUCAAAUAUAAGAUUCCAUCAUCGCCAAUGUAAGCUAUGGUGGACUUAGCGAUUUGGGAGCCCAUUUCAAAAUGCCUUUGAGGAGACCCCCUACCCGCCAAAACGGACAUUCCACUGUAAAUGAACCGCUAUAAUUAUUCAUUUGCGUUAAGUUUUUAUUUUAUUUCAGGCAAUUAUGAAAUGUAAAUGCCCUUUAAAGCUGUGGCUAACACAUUUGGGUAAAAACAACUGUCAGAAUCAGUCGGUAAGGGCCCCAUGACAGCUGCGUGCAAGUUACUUGUUGUUUUCACACCCAUCACUUCCUGUCUGUUUCUGUCCUACCAACCCUAGGCCAAGUUUACACCUGACAUCUCUUAUCGAACGCAGACACCAGCCUGACCUAUUUACCAUAAGCGCUCAACUUUACGUCUGCUUCAUUAAUUUCUAACUAUGGUUUCAUGUAAAAGGGCAAAAUAAAUUGGUCUAUCUGUUCAUAUCAACUGAUUUAGAUUUAAACCUAACUGUGUUUUCCCCAUUUGGUCACAGCUGCAGACGUAAUUAUGACUUCUUCCUAAUAUUUGAUAGUAAUUCUGAAGUUGAGUUGAUAUCACCAGGCUCCCCAUUUCUACCUAGUUCCUCAUUGGUGUCUGUGUCUGAGUAGUGAGGAACUACAAGGACAUAGUUUUGAUCUGGUUCUGUUCGUAAAGUCAUUUUCAGUAGAAAUGAAAAAGUCAGGGAUGAACGGCAUACAGUGUUGUAUUUUUGUUUACAGCUCCUUUAUUGCAGUAGGGUCACCCAGGGAUCUUAUGAAAUAUAUUGUGUUGGUGUGUGUUGGGUCUCAUAUUCCUCAGCAGGAUCCAAGAGGUUUAAGGAAAUGUAUUUGGAUAUACACUGACUCUCUGUUUUGAUCUGCCCUUUACAGAUCUCCCCAUAGAGUGUAAACAACUUGUCUAUUUCUACUGACCUUCUGUGUGUGUAGACAGACAGACAGACAGACAGACAGACAGACAGACAGACAGACAGACAGACAGACAGAGAAAGGCAGUGUAUAGCCAACAUACAUCUCCCUGAACUCAGCCAUUUCUUUAUGAAGAAUAUGAACUGUUCUACUCUUCUGGAUUUUUGGGGGGUUCGUAUCAUUUGAUUUACACAACAUGCCUACCACUUUGAAGAUGCAAAAUAUUUCAUUGUGAAACAAAGAAGAAAUAAAACUUGAGCGUGCAUAACUAUUCACCCCCCCCCCCCCCAAAGUCAAUACGUUGUAGAGCCACCUUUUGCAGCAAUUACAGCUGCAAGUCUCUUGGGGUAUGUCUCUAUACACUUGGCACAUCUAGCCACUGGGAUUUUUGCCCAUUCUUCAAGGCAAAACUGCUCCAGGUCUUUUCAAAUUGGAUGGGUUCCGCUGGUGUACGGCAAUCUUUAAGUAAUUCCACAUAUUCUCAAUUGGAUUGAGGUCUGGGCUUUGACUAGGCCGUUCCAAGACAUUUAAAUGUUUCCCCUUAAACCACUCCCCUUAAACCACCCCUUAACUCAGUAUGCUUAGGGUCAUUGUCCUGCUGGAAGGUGAACCUUUAACCCAGUUUCAAAUCUCUGGAAGACUGAAACAGGUUUCCAUCAAGAAUUUCGCUGUAUUUAGCGCCAUCCAUCAUUCCUUCAAUACUGACCAGUUUCCCAGUCCCUGCCGAUGAAGAACAUGGUGUUCUUCGGGUGAUGAGAGGUGUUGGGUUUUUCCAGACAUAGUGUUUUCCUUGAUGGCCAAAAAGCUCAAUUUCAAAUCAAAUCAAAUCAAAUUGUAUUUGCCACAUGCGCCGAAUACAACAGGUGUAGACAUUACAUAAAAUGCUUACUUACAAGCCCUUAACCAACAAUGCAAAGUAAAACAAAUAAAAAAAGUGUUAAGCAAAAAAAAAUAAUCUGCAAAUAACUAAAGAGCAACAGUAAAAUAAAAUAACAGUAGGGAGGCUAUAUACAGGGGUGUACCGGUGCAGAGUCAAUGUGCAGGGGCACCGGCUAGUCGAGGUAAUUGAGGUAAUAUGUACAUGUGGGUAGAGUUAAAGUGACUAUGCAUAAAAAAUAAACAGAGUAGCAGCAGAGUAAAAAAGGGGGACGGGGUGGGGUCGGGGGGGCAGUGUAAAUUGUCCGGGUAGCCAUUAUUAGCUGUUCAGGAGUCUUAUGGCUUGGGGGUAGAAGCUGUUGAGAAGCUUUUUGGACCUAGACUUGGUGCUCCGGUACCGCUUGCCGUGUGGUAGCAGAGAGAACAGUCUAUGACUAGGGUGGCUGGAGUCUUUGACAAUUUUUAGGGCCUUCCUCUGACACCGCCUGGUAUAGAGGUCCUGGAUGGCAGGAAGCUUGGCCCCAGUGAUGAACUGGGCCGUACGCACUACCCUCUGUAGUGCCUUGCGGCCGGAGGCCGAGCAGUUACCAUACCAGGCGGUUAUGCAACCAGUCAGGAUGCUCUUGAUGGUGCAGCUGUAGAACUUCUUGAGGAUCUGAGGACCCAUGCCAAAUGUUUUCAGUCUCCUGAGGGGGAAUAGGCUUUGUCGUGCCCCUCUUCACGACUGUAUUUUAUCUCUGAGGGAAGGGUCCUUUAUCCUUAUUAUACAACAAAGAUGAUAUGAAACCCAGGCUGUGUCUGUCUUGUUAGACCAUUAUACAGUGCAUUUGUAUUCAAACCCCUUGACUUUUUCCACAUUUUGUUACGUUACAGCCUUUUUCUAAAAUUGAUUAAAUCGGUUUUUUUCCCAUCAUCAAUCUACACACAAUACCCCAUAAUGAAAAAGCAAAAAAACAGGUUUUUAGAAAUUGUAGCAAAUUGUUUAAAAAUAAAAAACGGAAAUAUAACAUUUUCAUAAGUAUCCAGAAUCUUUACUCAGUACUUUGUUGAACCACCUUUGGCAUCGAUUACAGCAUUGAGUCUUCUUGGGUAUGAAGCUACAUGCUUGGCACACCUGUAUUCAAAAAAAAAAUAAUGUAUGCACGCAUGACUGUAAGUCGCUUUGGAUAAAAGCGUCUGCUAAAUGGCAUAUUAUAUUAUAUUAUAUUAUAUAUUAUAUUAUAUUAUUAUAUUAUAUAUUAUUAUAUUUAUUCUGGGAGUUUCUCCCAUUUUUCUCUGCAGAUCCUCUCAAGCUCUGUCAGGUUGGAUGGGGAGCGUUGCUGCACAGCUAUUUUCAGGACUCUCCAGAGAUGUUCGACCGGGUUCAAGUCAGGGCUCUGGCUGGGCCACUCAGGGACAUUCAGAGACUUGUCCUGAAGCCACUCCUGCGUUGUCUUGGAUGUGUGUUUAGGGUCGUUGUCCUGUUGGAAGGUGAACCUUCGCCCCAGUCUGAGGUCCUGAGCGCUCUGAAGCAGGUUUUAAUCAAGGAUCUCGCUGUACUUUGCUCCAUUCAUCUUACACUCGAUCCUGACUAGUCUCCCAGUCCCUGCCACUGAAAAAUAUCCCCACAGCAUGAUGUUGCCACCACCAUUCUUCAUUCAGGCCAAAGAGUUCAAUCUUGGUUUCAUCAGACCAGAGAAUCUUGUUUCUCAAGGUCUGAGAGUCUUUAGGUGCCUUUUGUCAAACUGUAAUGUGCAUUUUACUGAGGAGUGACUUCCAUCUGGCCACUCUACCGUAAAGGCCUGAUUGGUGGAGUGCUAGAAAGAUGGUUGUCCUUCUAAAAGGUUCUCCCAUCUCCACAGAGGAACUCUGGAGCUCUGUCAAAGUGACCAUCGGGUUCUUGGUCACCUCACUGACCAAGGCCCUUCUCCCCUAUUGCUCAGUUUGGCCGGGCAGCCAACUCUAGGAAGAGUCUUGGUGGUUCCAAACUUAUUCCAUUUAAGAAUGAUGGAGGCCACUGUGUUCUUGGGGAUCUUCAACGAUGCAAACAAUUUUUGGUACCCUUCCCCAGAUCUGUGCCUCGACACAAUCCUGUCUCGGAGCUCUAAGGACAAUUCCUUCGACCUCAUGGCUUGUGUUUUGCUCUGACAUGCACUGUCAGCUGUGGGACCUUAUAUAGACAGGUGUGUGCCUUUCCAAAUCAUGUUGAAUCAAUUGAAAUUACCACAGGUGGACUCCAAUCAAGUUGUAGAAACAUCUCAAGGAUUAUCAAUGGAAACAGGAUGCACCUGACCUCAAUUUGGAGUCUCGUAGCAAGGGGUCUGAAUACUUAUGUAAAUAAGGUAUGUUUUUUUGUUUGUUUUUUACACAUUUGCAAAAAUCUCAAAAUAAUUGUUUUUGCUUUGUCAUUAUGGGGUAUUGUGUGUAGAUUGAUGAGGGAAAAAAACAAUUUAAUCAAUUUUAGAACAAGUUUGUAACGUUAAAAAAAUGUGGAAAAUGACAAGGGGUCUGAAAACUUUCUGAAUGCACUGUAAAUGGCCAAGUGGGUAACAGCAAGGCCAAGGUCUUUAGUGAUGUCUCAGCACUGACCGACUGACCAUUAGCUGUCUGUCAACGACACUGGGAUUUACACAGAACAACAUGAACUGCUUUAGUGCCACUGCACCAGUUGUAUAACGCUCAUAGACACUUAGCCUACCUACCUGUCUCUUUCUGACCUGUGUUCAAUACUCACCUACCUGUCUCUAUCUGACCUGUAUUCAAAACUCACCUACCUGUCUCUAUUUUACCUGUGUUCUAUACUCACCUACCUGUCUCUAUCUUACCUGUGUUCAAUACUCACCUACCUGUCUCUUUCUGACCUGUGUUCAAUACUCACCUACCUGUCUCUAUCUGACCUGUGUUCAAAACUCACCUACCUGUCUCUUUCUUACCUGUGUUCAAUACUCACCUACCUGUCUCUAUCUUACCUGUGUUCAAUACUCACCUACCUGUCUCUUUCUGACCUGUGUUCAAUACUCACCUACCUGUCUCUGUCUUACAUGUGUUCAAUACUCACCUACCUGUCUCUUUCUUACCUGUAUUCAAUACUCACCUACCUGUCUCUUUCUGACCUGUGUUCAAUACUCACCUACCUGUCUCUAUCUGACCUGUGUUCAAAACUCACCUACCUGUCUCUUUCUUACCUGUGUUCAAUACUCACCUACCUGUCUCUAUCUUACCUGUGUUCAAUACUCACCUACCUGUCUCUUUCUGACCUGUGUUCAAUACUCACCUACCUGUCUCUGUCUUACAUGUGUUCAAUACUCACCUACCUGUCUCUUUCUUACCUGUAUUCAAUACUCACCUACCUGUCUCUGUCUUACCUGUGUUCAAUACUCACAUACCUGUCUCUUUCUUACCUGUACUCAAUACUCACCUACCUGUCUCUAUCUUACCUGUUUUCAAUACUCACCUACCUGUCUCUAUCUUACCUGUUUUCAAUACUCACCUACCUGUCUCUUUUUACCUGUGUUCAUUACUCACCUACCUGUCUCUAUCUUACCUGUGUUCAAAACUCACCUACCUGUCUCUUUCUUACCUGUGUUCUAUACUCACCUACCUGUCUCUUUCUUACCUGUGUUCAAUACUCACCUACCUGUCUCUAUCUUACCUGUGUGCAACAAUAAUGGUGUUCAUAAACUCCUGUGAGAUUUAUAGAGACAUCAACACAGAGGAGAAAAAGCCCAUCCAACGCUAAGUGAUGUCACUGUUCUAGAACCACCCAGAGCUGUAGUAUGCAUACCAAGUAGAUAUCUGGUAGUUCAGAGGGUCACUGUUCUAGAACCACCCAGAGCUGUAGUAUGCAUACCAAGUAGAUAUCUGGUAGUUCAGAGGGUCACUCUUCUAGAACCACCCAGAGCUGUAGUAUGCAUACCAAGUAGAUAUCUGGUAGUUCAGAGGGUCACUCUUCUAGAACCACCCAGAGCUGUAGUAUGCAUACCAAGUAGAUAUCUGGUAGUUCAGAGGGUCACUCUUCUAGAACCACCCAGAGCUGUAGUAUGCAUACCAAGUAGAUAUCUGGUAGUUCAGAGGGUCACUCUUCUAGAACCACCCAGAGCUGUAGUAUGCAUACCAAGUAGAUAUCUGGUGGUUCAGAGGGUCACUCUUCUAGAACCACCCAGAGCUGUAGUAUGCAUACCAAGUAGAUAUCUGGUAGUUCAGAGGGUCACUCUUCUAGAACCACCCAGAGCUGUAGUAUGCAUACCAAGUAGAUAUCUGGUAGUUCAGAGGGUCACUCUUCUAGAACCACCCAGAGCUGUAGUAUGCAUACCAAGUAGAUAUCUGGUAGUUCAGAGGGUCACUCUUCUAGAACCACCCAGAGCUGUAGUAUGCAUACCAAGUAGAUAUCUGGUGGUUCAGAGGGUCACUCUUCUAUAACCACCCAGAGCUGUAGUAUGCAUACCAAGUAGAUAUCUGGUGGUUCAGAGGGUCACUCUUCUAGAACCACCCAGAGCUGUAGUAUGCAUACCAAGUAGAUAUCUGGUGGUUCAGAGGGUCACUCUUCUAGAACCACCCAGAGCUGUAGUAUGCAUACCAAGUAGAUAUCUGGUAGUUCAGAGGGUCACUCUUCUAGAACCACCCAGAGCUGUAGUAUAUUUGUUUUGCUCUCCUUGUUGGGAUCAAACAAUUGAUUCCCGUUCAAAAUCAUUUUUCCCCUAAACCCUAACCCUUAACCUAACCCUAACCUUAUCUCCCCCACCAACUUCCCACUUGCUGACUGCUAGCUCUAAGUGCACUCCUCUGAACAACACUCUGUCUGUCUUCCAUGCCUGGUAUUACAACAGACUGGACAUGUGUGGUCUAUAGAGUGGAUUUGAGAUACAGUUUUGCCAAUAGGCUCCUGCUGAAAAUUCUGCCUUCAUAAGGAAAAACAUGAAGACUGAUUGGGUUAUGGUGGUUGGCUUGAAAGAAAAUACAGACACCCGAUUAGUUGAUGCUUGGCAGUGAGUUCUUUGAAUAUGAUCAAGGCUGGAAAAUAGGACACCCCCCCUUCUGCUUAAGUUACCUCCCGUUCACAGAUCUGAUAGGAAUGGAUAGGUGAAAGCAAUAUGGCAGAAUCGAGGUGGGGUUGUCCAUCAAUCACACUCCAGGCACAUCAUGUAGAUCUGAGAUGCAAAAAGUAGCUUCACCUUGCCAUCUCAUACAGGCAUGGAAUUACACGCACACAGUACUCUCUCUCUCUCUCUCUCUCUCUCUCUCUCUCUCUCUCUCUCUCUCUCUCUCUCUCUCUCUCUCUCUCUCUCUCUCUCUCUCACCUAAUAUCUUUAAACCAACCCCUGCAGUGGUUUCAUUCACCAGUCAGGUGUCUAGAGUCCUGGCAGGCUGUGAAGCAACCCCUAACCUCAGACAUGCAUGUGCUAGUAUAUGACUAAGUAAGUACUGGUGCUGUUUGAAUCAUUUCAUCUGGGCAGUUUAUAAAUGUGAAUAAACGUAUAAACCAUACACCUGUAGGCCAAUGACCAGGUCAGACUGGUUCAGCUGUACACAGGUGUUGUAGCUCCCAUUUAAGUACGAAGGCAGCAUGCAGCGCUCCAUACUCCAUUACUUUAAAAUCACUAUCUAAUUGCUGUUAUGUUUUAUUUCUGUUGCCUUCGUACUUCAAUGAAACUAGUUUUUAAAAUUGAACCAGCAACAUGAUUCAGUGUUUUUAAAAACAUUCCUAUUUGUAGUUUAAGAACAUAUAACAAAGCUACUUGUCCAUGACUGCAGACAUGUCAGGCAUUUCUAUUAACCCUUUUAUAACAACAGUGAACCGUUCUUUCUUUCUUUACAUAUCCUAGGGCUCUAUUAAAAAUCCCAAUAGUAAAUCUUAGCGAUUGCAUUGGGCAGGACAAAAAAAAGCCUUCAUUGAGGAGGUUAUGCUUGGUUUUUAAUCAAAUGAAUUGAAAAACAAGCAAUCGAUUUUUUAAAACAACAACAAUAUUUCUAAAUAGGAUGGGGUCAGAAGCAAGAUUUCAUUAAUCUCAUUUCUCUCGUUCCAUGGCAAUGUCCACUCGUAGGCCUAAAUGUCUUUAUGCAAAACAUUUACACUAAUAUACAAAAUACUAGGCUCCUGUCAAUUAUAUUCGUGGUCCUCUGUAGCUCAGCUGGUAGAGCACGGCGCUUGUAACGCCAAGGUAGUGGGUUCGAUCCCCGGGACCACCCAUACACAAAAAAAAUUUAUGCACGCAUGACUGUAAGUCGCUUUGGAUAAAAGCGUCUGCUAAAUGGCUUAUUAUUUAUUAUAUUGUUGCCUAUGUCCGAGACACAUUGUCAAACCAAUCUGCCAUUAAUAUGGCAUUAUAGGAGGACAGAAUAGUUUGGAGGAGCGGGUCUUUGGUAAUCGGACGAGGGGCGCUCUUUGAAAAUGGGGAUGGAUAGCCUACUUGAACAAGCGAAAUUAAGUAUGCGGGUAUGUGAAUUGUGAAUCAUGAAAAAGCAUGAGGGCAAAAAAACUCAAAUAUUUCAAGGCACUCUCAGCAGACCAUUUAAAACCCCUUCAUUCAUAGGCUACUUGGCUAAUGUAUGGCCAGGAUAAAAAUAUGUACCUUUGCGAAGCUGCUAAACCAGCUUUGAUUAAUUAAGGGGAGGGUAGGCUAUGCUUGGUUUUUAAUCAAAUUAAAUUAAAUGGGGGGAAACCAAUAGUUUUUUAUGUUUCUUAAUACGAGAUCAACUGGCACAAAUGGCACAUCUCUCCUUCCAUGGGCACUGUGCUGCAUUGCUGGAUAGGCUGCGCUUCUGCUCUCAUAAUCCAUGCCAUUAUCAACUGCUUUACAUGAAGACCUGCUUUUUGGUGGGACUUAAAAUGUCUUAAAGGUGGACUGCUUAUUUGUAAUCUCAUAUUCAUUAUCUCCAGCACCACACCAGUGUCUUCAUAUACAUUGAGUAUACAAAAUCUUGUAUACUCCAUACCCGUUGAAUUUAGGCUGUUUUGAGGGCAAAAGGGGGGGUGCAACUCAAUAUUAGGAAGGUGAAAACAGCAAUAAAGGAUGCGGUUAAAAAACUGUGAGGCGUACCUUUAUAAUUUAUUCUCAGAACAGGCGGUGGGUGUAAGAUUAUCUGAAAAUCUUGAGAGUUUGAAAAUAAGUCGAGUUUUUCAACCAUUUGGUUCGCAACCACAUACUACCCCACAUCCGUAUUGAUAGGAUUUAUGUUUCCAUGACAAUAUAUUUAAGUGACAUCACAGCAUUGAGCAGUUAUAGAGGUUUUCUGAGUGGCUCAGCUCUCCAAUCUUAUAGAAGACCUCAGCAACGAACUUCAGAGUUAACGAAUCUGCUGAGCAAGACGCAGUUAGGGAUAUAGCAUUUUGAUGGGCAUGGAUAUCGUGGAAAUGGUGGAGGUCGUGGGCAUUGCCCUGGGAGUCAUAGGAUUAAUACUUACCAUCGUGAUCUGUGCACUCCCCACCUGGAUAGAGGCAACCUUCAUAGCAGCUAACUUUACCACCACAAAGGUGUACUUGCGCGGCCUGUGGAUGAGUUGCGUGACCCAAAGCACGGGACAGACAGCGUGUAAUGUGCACAACUUAAGGGGGAACCCCAGUAUGGAGUAUGCCGGAGCCAUGAUCCUCACUGCCAUCAUCCUGGGAGUUCUGGGGGUCACGGUCUCCAUGGUUGGAGCCAAGUGCACCAACUGCAUCAAAGAACAAACGUCUCAGGCCAAGUUGAUAAUUAUCUCUGGAAUACUUUUCAUCCUGGCCGGAAUUCUCAUCCUCAUCCCUGUUUCCAUGGUAGCCAGAUCAAUCAUCAGUGGCUACUCCAAGUGGAUCAAAGUGAAGGUUGAGCUGGGGGCCUCGCUGUACUUCGGCUGGGGGGCGGCCGCCCUGCUCCUGAUUGGAGGUUUCAUACUGUGCAUCACUGUGGGAGUCUUUGGAUCGAUGAUGGGAAUCUGUGGAUGGGUAGUCUCCCUAGUGCCCUGUUUUAUGACUAUAUUGGGCCCCCAUGGGUAUGGUCCUGAACACUAUAGGCACAUAUGGAUGGAUAUGCUGAAGAUCACCUGCAUCUCCACCAUCCUGGGAGCUCUAGGAGUGAUGGGGUCCAUCUUUGGGACCAAGUGCUGUAACUGCAUCAAGAGUAACAGGACCAGGGUCAAGGCCAGGUUCAUCGUUGGAAUAUUCUUUAUCCUGUCUGGUAUCCUGCAGCUCACCAUUGUCUUCUUGGUCUGUUACUUGAUACAGAACAAUCCAGAAUACAGGGGGGAGUAUAUAUUAUUUCCCACUGAAUUCUGUAGAUGGUCCGCCUCCAUGCUCCUGAUAGGUGGGACCAUACUCUGCUGCAGCACCUUGAAGAGGAAGAACCCAGACUCAACAACGACUACAUCAGCCUCCCACUAAUGUCUCUGUCCAGAAGCUGUACCUUCUUGUUAUAAAAACCAUAGGGGAUCCAAGAAUUGUGAUUCUAUACGUAAUUCUAUGAUGAAAAACGGCCUCUAUCCUAUCUUUUCAAUGUUAGAAUAUCAGAAGGGACUAGAUAGGUGUGAAAGCAACAUAGUUAUUGUUCCACCUUCUCUUUAACAGGUCAAAGGGGAGUUUAUGACAUAUUGUGUUCAAAUAUUCAGUUAAUUUAGACUGUGAGGAGAAGUUCCUGAGGAGACUACAAUGAAGGGACAUAUUCUCACUGUUACCUCUCUGAUUUCCUAUAUCCGUAUUGAUACUUCUCUUUAUGUUUCUUUAAAAUGGGAUUAAUUUAAGUAGAGAAAGAAUUGAAUCAGAAGUUGAUUGUUUAACUCUGUUAAAGAUGUUCAUAAAAAAACGUAUCUGACUGCAAAGCGUUUCCUGGUUGCUGCUUUGCAUUUCCUGUUUAUGUUCACCACAUUAACCACAAGCUACAGUCAGUGACUGGGACCUUCUGACUGAAACAUAUAUCAUAGUGUAGAAUUAUAUCAAGCCAUGUCCAUGAAACUGUUAUCAUUAGUCUAUGAAGUUCUCUCACGUCACCCCCCCCUCCUCCGCACACUCCACUGGCUUCCAGUUGAAGCUCGCAUCCGCUACAAGACCAUGGUGCUUGCCUAUGGAGCAGUGAGGGGAACGGCACCUCUGUACCUUCAGGCUCUGAUCAGUCCCUACACCCAAACGAGGACAUUGCGUUCAUCCACCUCUGGCCUGCUGGCUCCCCUUCCUCUGCGGAAGCACAGCUCCCGCUCAGCCCAGUCAAAACUGUUCGCUGCUCUGGCACCCCAAUGGUGGAACAAGCUCCCUCACGACGCCAGGACAGCGGAGUCACUCACCACCUUCCGGAGACAUUUGAAACCCCACCUCUUUAAGGAAUACCUGGGAUAGGAUAAAGUAUUCCUUCUAACCCCCCCCCCCCCCCCCCCCCCCCCCCCCCCCCCAAAUUGUAAAGUGGUUAUCCCACUGGCUAUAGGGUGAACGCACCAAUUUGUGAGUCGCUCUGGCUAAGAGCGUCUGCUAAAUGACGUUAAUGUGCCCUUGGCGUCAAGGGCACUUAACCCUAAUUGCUCCUGUAAGUCGCUCUGGUUAAGAGCGUCUGCUAAAUGACUAAAAUGUAAAAAUGUAAAUGUAAAUGUAGUCUAUUGUAUAGUUCAUUUCAGUCCAUCAAUCCAACCUUACAAUUAUUUAUUACACACUCAAGGGUUUUUCAGCAUGUAGUUUCAAUCUAACUCUGAAUGUCACCAGUAUCUCCCUCAAGCAGGUCUCAACCACAUACUGCCCCACAUCUGAAUGAAUAGGUUGUUUUCAUGACAACAUAUUUAAGGGACAUCCCAGCAUCACGUAGAUGUAGUGGCCUUGUGACUAACCCAGAUCUCCAGUUACAGUAGAAUCAGAAGGUGAGAACAUGUGGAAGAUAAUGUUAUGUUGUUCUAGAACUUUGUUGGUAAAUCCUGGGGGUUUUGGGGGUCAAGGUGUACGUGGUCGGAACCAAGUGCACCAACUGCAUCAAAGAAGAAACGUCUCAGGCCAAGUGGAUAAUUAUCUCUGGAAUACUUUUCAUCCUGGCCGGAAUUCUCAUCCUCAUCCCUGUUUCCAUGGUAGCCAGAUCAAUCAUCAGUGACUCCUCCACUAGGAUCGGAGGGAAGACUGAGCUGGGGGCCUCGCUGUAGUUAGGCUGGGGCUCCCAAGUGGGUGGGCCUAUGCCCUCCCAGGCCCACCCUUGGCUGCGCCCCUGCCCAGUCAUGUGAAAUCCAUAGAUUAGGGCCUAAUUCAUGUAUUUAAAUUUACUGAUUUCCUUAUAUGAACUGUAACUCAGCUAAAUCUUUGAAAUUGUUGCAUGUUCCGUUCAUAUUUUUGUUCAGUAUAUUUCAUAAGAUCCCUGGGUGACCCUACUGCAAUAAAGGAGCUGUAAACAAAAAUACAACACUGUAUGCCGUUCAUCCCUGACUUUUUCAUUUCUACUGAAAAUGACUUUACGAACAAAACCAGAACAAAACGAUGUCCUUGUAAUUCCUCACUACUCAGACACAGACACCAAUAAGGAACUAGGUAGAAAUGGGGAGUCUGGGGAGGUGAACCCAACGUCAGAAUUACCAUCAAAUAUGAGGAAGAACUCAUAGUUAUGUCUGCAGCUGUGACCAAAUGGGGAAAAAAAAAACUGUUAGGUUUAAAUCUAAAUCAAUUGGUAUUAUUAGAUAGACCCAUUUCUGUUGCCCUUUUACAGGAAACCAUAGUUAUAAAUGAAUGAAGCAGACGUGAAGUUGAGCAUUUAUGGUAAAUAGUUCAGGCUGGUGUCUGCGUUCGAUAAGAGAUGUCAGGUGUAAACUUGGCCUCGGGUUGGCAGGACAGACACGGAGAGGAUGUGAAGCGUGUGAAAACAACAAGUAACUUGCACACAGCUGUCAUGGGGCCCUUACCGACUGAUUCUGACUGUUGUUUUUACCCAAAUGUGUUAGCCAAAGCUUUAUAGGGUGUUUAUAUUCCAUAAUUGCCUGAAAUAAAAUAAAUAAACAUAUAUGAAAGAUGUAUUUUUAAUUGUGGGACGAUGAUAAUUAUAGCAGUUAAUUUACAGUGGAAAUGUCUGUUUGGGUGGUAGGGGGUCCCAAAUCGCCCACUGGGGAGCCAGGCCCAGCCAAACAGAAUUAGUUUUUCCCCCAAAAAGGGCUUCAUUAUAGACAGAAAUACUCCUCAGCACCCCUCCCUCCCUCCUCUGCCGAUCCCGCAGCUGAAGAAGCCGGAUGUGGAGGUCCUGGGCUGGCGUGAUUACACGUGGUCUGCUGUUGUGAGGCCGGUUGGACGUACUGCCAAAUUCUCUAAAAAGAAGUUGGAGGCGGAUUAUGGUAGAGAAAUGAACAUUUAAUUAUCUGGAAACAGCUCUGGUUUACAUUCCUGCAGUCAGCAUUCCAAUUGCAUACUCCCUCAAAACUUGAGACAUAUGUGGCAUUGUGUGACAAAACUUCAUAUUUUAGAGUGGCCUUUUAUUGUCCCCAGCACAAGGUGCACCUGUGUAAUGAUCUUGCUGUUUAAUCAGCUCCUUGAUAUGCCACACCUGUCAGGUGGAUGGAUUGUCUUGGCAAAGGAAAAAUGCUCACUAACAGGGAUGUAAACAAAUGUGUGCACAGAAUUUGAGAGAAAUAAGCUUUUUGUAUGUAUGGAACAUUUCUGGGAUCUUUUAUUUCAGCUCAUGAAACAUGGGACCAACACUUUACAUGUUGUGUUUAUAUUUUUGUUCAGUGUAGUUAGUGUUGGUGUGUGUUGGGUCUUGCCUACCGCUAGGUCGUCAGUCUCAGCUGCUAGCCCCCCUCAACCUGCUAGGAGGCAGAUCACCGGGAGAGGCCCCGUCAUUUACCCAAUAAACCCAUCUGUAGUCCUUCCGUUCUCGUGGUGGGUUCAUCCAUGGUCCGAAACGUUUCAAUCCGGAAAGCUGAGACUUUCUGCUACCCUGGCGCUAGGAUCCCUGCCCUAAGUUCCAUGCUACCGCUACUUAUUAGCAAGCACUCCGCCGCUUCAACUGUCAUUGUCCAUGUUGGGUCAAAUGACAUUAAACUCCAGCAGUCAGAGAAAUUGAGAGAGGAUUUUAAAACAUUGAUAAAUACGCUGCUGGAAUCUGGGAAGCAGUGCGUUGUUUCCGGACCUUUUCCAUCCCCACGGAUAUGGUUUUUAGUCGUAUACGCCAAUUACACACCUGGCUUAAGGGAUACUGCUGCACGAUGGGAAUUCCUUUUGUGGAUAACUUUGCAGCUUUUACAGACCGACCAGGUCUAUUUCUUCGGGACAAUUUACAUCUUAACAGGUAUGGCUCCAGCAUCCUCUCCACCAACAUGUCUCUUACUCUUGCCUCAUGUAGAGCCUUUGAUACCUGACGUUGUGUAUUUUCGGGGGUUGACUUUUGGGAUUGUACGCUCCCCUAUCAGACUAUGUUCAAUGCUCCUCUCCCAGUUUCAUUAAUUAGUCCCUCAAUUGCAAAUAUGGAACAAACUUCAGCUAACAACCUUUCUGCAAUUCCUAGAUUAUUGUCCAAUCACCGUAUUGCGAAUACUACUUACAUGCAGAGAGGUAUUGUUAGUAGUAAUCUUGUCCCCAUAAAAUGGAGCUCUGUCAAUAGCUCGAAAAUGGUUUAUUGCUCAUUCAGUGCAGCUUCAGGUGCUACCUUGGAUACUCCAUCUGAUAUGAAUUCCCUUAGCAAUGGCAUUGGAAUAAUUCAUUUGAAUGCUAGAAGCCUGAUCCAAAAGUUGGACUUUAUUGAAAUGUUGGUCUCACAAUCAAAUGUUGACUUACUGAUUGAUUGAUUAAAUGUUUCUGUGUCCAUAUCAACCUCUUUCCCAAAACAAUAUGAAUGUCUAGUUUUAAAUGUGGUACUUGGUAAUAAUGCUCAUUUAACUCUAGCAGGGGUAUAUCACCCCCCCCCCCCCCCCCCCCCCCCCCCCCCUCAGCUCCUCCUCGUACUCUAUGCAAAUUAUCUGAUAUACUGUCUAAUUAUGCAAACUCUGAAUUACUGAUUUUGGGAGAUUUUAACCUGGAUUGGCUUUCACCAGUAUCCGAUAAAUUAAAAGAUAUUUGUACUGAGCUAAAUCUAACUCAGCUGAUAACUAAACCAACCCGUCCCAACUUUAAGAAUCCAGUAAAAUCUACUCUACUAGACAUUAUUCUAACAAAUACCCCCCAUAAAUACACAGCCAGUGGGGUUUUUUCAAAUGAUAUCAGUGACCACUGCUCUAUUGCUUGUAUUAGAGAUACCAGGCUGAAACACUCUGAUCCCUGUAUAAUCUCUAAGAGAAAUUAUAAACAUUUCUCACAGCAAGCUUUUAUCCUUGACUUAUAUCACUCUGAGCUUUUAUCCACUUGCUGCUUUCUGGACCCGGUUUUAGCUCUUGCUUUUUUCUCUUCUAUUGUUACCUCUAUGUCUGAUAAACACGCCCGCUUAAGAAGCACAGAGUAAGAAACCGAACCAGUUCUUGGUUCUCUCCUGAAUUGUCAGGUAUUUUUCUGCAAAAGAAUCGGGCCUGGGCCUUGGCGAGGAAAACAGGUACUCCAGCUGAUUGGCUGUUUUUUAGGCAAUUGAGAAAUAAAUGUACUGCAGCUGUCAAAAAGGCAAAAUCAAAUUACUUCCUUAAUGCUAUGACAGAUUCUGCAGGAGAUCCUGCAAAAGUCUGGAAAACCGUUAAUUCACUGAAACGGGGGAAUUCUGCUGUUUCUCUUCCUAAGCAAAUUAUCUCAGACUCCUGUAUUCUAAGUGAAAAAAAUGAUAUUUGUGAUGCUUUUAAUAAGCAUUUCAUCUCUGCUGGUUUUUUAUUUGAAAAGAAAAGUGGCCAUUGUGGUACUGGCCAGUUAGUUGAUUUUUCGUCUUGCUUUUCAACCGUUACUCUGAAAAAUGGUAACCCUGUUUUUAGUUUCCAGAAAAUAACUGAAGCAGAGGUUCCAGCUGCCCUGUGCGCCAUUGAUACUAAGAAAUCCUUAGGCGCUGACAAUUUAGACCCGUACUUACUUAAGUGUGCUGCACCUAUCAUUGCUGGUUCAGUGACACACAUUUUUUAUCUAACAUUGAGCACAGGAAAUAUCCCUAAGGUGUGGAAAGCAGCUUUUGUUCUGCCAUUACAUAAGGGAGGUGACGGUAGUGAUUUGGAUAACUAUCUACCCAUCUCUAGGCUCCCUUGUCUGGCAAAGAUCCUAGAAUCUAUAGUCAACAAACAGUUACAAUCUUUUCUUUCUGUUAACAGUAUUUUUAGCACCAAUCAAUCUGAUUUUAGAUCUAAACACAGUACCACAUCGGCCACUAUGCUUAUUGUAAAUGAUAUUGCAAAUGCCUUAGAUGAUAGAAAGCACUGUGCUGCGUUGUUUGUAGAUUUGUCAAAAGCUUUUGACACUGUAGAACAUGCUAUCCUUUUGAGUAAGCUGUAGGACUGGGCACUGAUGCCUGUCGAUGGUUUUAUGACUAUCUUAAAGAUAGAACUCAGGCCGUCAUAGUGGAACGGGGUCAAGUCUGACCCCUUACAGUUACUUAAAGGGGUCCCUCAGGGUUCAAUAAUUGGCCCACUAUUGUUCUCACUUUAUAUAAACAACAUUGGUGAUGAUAUCAGAUAUUGUAAAUUCCAUUUAUAUGCAGAUGACACAGUGAUGUACUCUAUUGCUCCAACAGCGGACCAAGCUUUAAUGGAGUUGGAGUCUGAUUUUAGGAUACUACAGGGGUCUCUUUUACAGCUUAAACUUGUUUUAAACUCUAAGAAAACAAACGUCAUGUUUUUUUCUAGAUCUAAACUCUCAAUUAGAAACACUUUUGUAAUCACUAGCUUGGAUGGUACUCAAAUCAAACAGGUCUCUGCAUAUAAAUACUUAGGGGUAUGGUUAGAUGAUAGGCUUUCUUUUAAAAAACAUGUUACUGAAUUGGGAAAAAAGCUCAAAUUCAAGAUAGGGUUCCUUUACAGAAACAGGGCUUUUCUGUCCUCUGUAAAUAGAAAACAAAUUGUGCAGGCUACUUUUAUGUCAGUUUUAGAUUAUGGUGACAUUAUCUAUAUGCAUGCAUCGGCAAACACAUUAAAAUCACUGGAUGCUAUUUACCAUUGUGCACUCAGGUUUAUCACGGGUCAUAGUUACAAAACUCAUCACUGUUUCCUAUAUCAACAUGUGGGUUGGGCCUCUCUAUCUGUGAGGCGAGAGCAACAUGCUCUCUUGCAACAUGCUCUCUUGUUUUUAAAGCACUUCUUUUAAAACUGCCUCCAUAUAUAUCAUCAUUAAUUUCCACUAGAUGUACAAAAAAAAUGUAAAAAAUGUACUAAUUUUAAAACCAGAUCACUGAUGUGGAUUACAUUAGAGACUUCUGUGGUCUCCACAGUGUUGUGUAGAACUGCCUUCAGUUCCUUUGCACCUUAUUUAUGGAACAAACUGCAGAUCCAACUUAAGUUAGACACUCUGGUGUCCCUUGCCCAUUUUAAAAAAUUUUUAUGGAGGAUCAAUAUGAUGUUGUCUGUGAUUGUUUCUGUUGAAUUGUGUUUUUUGUUUUGUAUGUUUGAAAUGUUCUUGUCUGUAUGUCUAAAACUGUACAUGUCAACAUGUUUACACAGGGCACAGCCGUAAAAGAGAUCCAGGUCUCAGUCUGUUUUUCCCUGUUAAAAUAAAUAUUUUAAAAAACAUGUAAAUUAUUUUCACAUGUGAACUUCAAAACAUGUUAUUCUCCUCACAUGUGAAAUGGUGGUGUUAACAUGUGAAAUCUAAAUUUAAUGGAUGUGAAAAUAUGGUUUCACGUGAAAUUUAAGCUCAAAUGUGAAAAAUACAGAUAUUUCACAGGUGAAACUGCAAAUUUGAUAUAUAUAUAUUUUUUUGUAAGGGCAAACUGUUUAAGACUAUAUUGUCUUAUGAUGCUCCUCCCUCCCUCCCCCCUCCCUCCCCUCCUUACCCCUCCUCCCUACCUCCACCCUGAGGUGGAGGUUAUAAGUACCUGUACUCUUGGUAGUCCUCCCCCCACUUGGACUCAGACCUAGAGCAGCACACGGAGGCGACCACCCACUGUAUUCAGAUUACACUGAGAGAAAACAAAGAACCUCUACGCCACACAGAGGAAGACAAAAGACUGUCCAGUUUCACUCAGACACACAGACAAACAGAGAAACCAACGCCAACCGGAUCCAAGAUGGUGUCGACUGGGCUACAGAUGUUGGGCACGGCCCUGGGGAUCAUAGGCUGGAUCGGCACUAUCAUCGAAUGCGUCAUGCCCAUGUGGAGGGUCUCCGCCUUCAUUGACAGCAACAUCAUCACAUCUCAGACCACCUGGGAGGGACUCUGGAUGAGCUGUGUGGUCCAGAGCACGGGCCAGAUGCAGUGUAAGAUCCACAACUCCAUGCUGGCCCUGAGCUCUGACCUGCAGGCUGCCAGAGCCAUGACCAUCAUCGCCAUCCUAUCCGGCAUCAUCGGCAUCCUGCUGGCUGUAGCCGGGGGAAAGUGCACCAACUGCAUGGAGGACGAGGCGUCCAAGGCUAAAGUGGGCGUGGCGUCUGGGGUGGUGUUCAUCAUUGCAGGGGUCCUGUGUCUGAUCCCCGUCUGCUGGUCGGCCCAUAGUAUCAUCCGGGACUUCCACAACCCUUUCCUGUUAAAUGCUCAGAAGAGGGAGCUGGGGGGCGCGCUCUACGUGGGCUGGGGGGCAGCUGCCCUGCUGCUGAUUGGAGGGGGCCUGCUCUGCUGCAACUGCCCCGACAAGGACGAGGGAUCGUACACCGCCAGGUACAACAAGACCCCUCGCUCCGAGACCCGGGGCGCAGCCUCUGGAAAAGACUACGUCUGAGAAAGGAAGAGAGGGAAGAGAGGGAGAGAGAGAAGAAUGGAAGAGCAAGAAAGGGAGAGAAGAGAGCGAGGUCUGUCAUGAGAGAGCGUCUGUCUGUAGCUGAGAUCCAGCUGUGUAUAUAUGGACUCUGUAUUCUGGCACUAUGGUCACUAUAGUGCUGCUGAUUUAGGAAGGUUUGAUAAAGAGGAUAUUUGAACGUGAUGAGCAAAGAGGAGGUGUCCAUGGAAGUUAGAGUUGAAAGUGAACCACAGCUGAAGCUAGGUCUAAAAUAUAAGUGUUUGCAUAAAUGUUUUCCUAACCUGUAUAUUGUUGACCUAGACCAGUAGAAGGAACUGAAUUCCUUAAAAACAACCCUGUGCAGUCUGCAACAUUGUCCUGGGCUGGUUUGGCUGUCUCUCUCUCUCUCUGUGUGUGUGUGUGUGUGUGUGUGUGUGUGUGUGUGUGUGUGUGUGUGUGUGUGUGUGUGUGUGUGUGUGUGUGUGUGUGUGUGUGUGUGUGUGUGUGUGUGUGUGUGUGUGUGUGUGUGUGUGUGUGUGUGUGUGUGUGUGUGUGUGUACAUGUUAUUGUUAAUAUUGUCAUGUGUAUCUUUUCUUAAAGUGUAUGAGUUACAGUAGAUAGUUGUGAAACUGUAAAUAGAUAUUUUCCUAUGUAUUUGAAUUUAUGUUUUGAUGGCAUUUCAUCAACACCAUUUCAACAUGAGAAGUAUUUCAGCACUGUUUCUAUCAGGGAUAUGCAAUAACUGCAAUAACUUUCAUGCAACUAAAUAGCAACAUAUUUCUCAGGUAUUUUUCCCUGCAGUUGUACUAUCUAAAGGGGGAAUUCCUACCCUAGACAUACAGUGGGGGAAAAAAGUAUUUAGUCAGCCACCAAUUGUGCAAGUUCUCCCACUUAAAAAGAUGAGAGAGGCCUGUAAUUUUCCUCAUAGGUACACGUCAACUAUGACAGACAGAAUGAGAAAAAAAAUUCCAGAAAAUCACAUUGUAGGAUUUUUUAUGAAUUUAUUAUGGUGGAAAAUAAGUAUUUGGUCAAUAACAAAAGUUUCUCAAUACUUUGUUAUAUACCCUUUGUUGGCAAUGACACAGGUCAAACGUUUUCUGUAAGUCUUCACAAGGUUUUCACACACUGUUGCUGGUAUUUUUGGCCCAUUCCUCCAUGCAGAUCUCCUCUAGAGCAGUGAUGUUUUGGGGCUGUCGCUGGGCAACAUGGACUUUCAACUCCCUCCAAAGAUUUUCUAUGGGGUUGAGAUCUGGAGACUGGCUAGGCCACUCCAGGACCUUGAAAUGCUUCUUACGAAGCCACUCUUUCAUUGCCCGGGCGGUGUGUUUGGGAUCAUUGUCAUGCUGAAAGACACAGCCACGUUACAUCUUCAAUGCCCUUGCUGAUGGAAGGAAGUUUUCACUCAAAAUCGCACGAUACAUGGCCCCAUUCAUUCUUUCCUAUACACGGAUCAGUCGUCCUGGUCCCUUUGCAGAAAAACAGCCCCAAAGCAUGAUGUUUCCACCCCCAUGCUUCACAGUAGGUAUGGUGUUCUUUGGAUGCAACUCAGCAUUCUUUGUCCUCCAAACACGACGAGUUGAGUUUUUACCAAAAAGUUCUAUUUUGGUUUCAUCUGACCAUAUGACAUUCUCCCAAUCCUCUUCUGGAUCAUCCAAUUGCACUCUAGCAAACUUCAGAUGGGCCUGGACAUGUACUGACUUAAGCAGGGGGACACGUCUGGCACUGCAGGAUUUGAGUCCCUGGUGGCGUAGUGUGUUACUGAUGGUAGGCUUUGUUACUUUGGUCCCAGCUCUCUGCAGGUCAUUCACUAGGUCCCCCCGUGUGGUUCUGGGAUUUUUGCUCACCGUUCUUGUGAUCAUUUUGACCCCACGGGGUGAGAUCUUGCGUGGAGCCCCAGAUCGAGGGAGAUUAUCAGUGGUCUUGUAUGUCUUCCAUUUCCUAAUAAUUGCUCCCACAGUUGAUUUCUUCAAACCAAGCUGCUUAUCUAUUGCAGAUUCAGUCUUCCCAGCCUGGUGCAGGUCUACAAUUUUGUUUCUGGUGUCCUUUGACAGCUCUUUGGUCUUGGCCAUAGUGGAGUUUGGAGUGUGACUGUUUGAGGUUGUGGACAGGUGUCUUUUAUACUGAUAACAAGUUCAAACAGGUGCCAUUAAUACAGGUAAUGAGUGGAGGACAGAGGAGCCUCUUAAAGAAGAAGUUACAGGUCUGUGAGAGCCAGAAAUCUUGCUUGUUUGUAGGUGACCAAAUACUUAUUUUCCACCAUAAUUUGCAAAUAAAUUCAUUAAAAAUCCUACAAUGUGAUUUUCAGGAAAAAAAAUCUCAAUUGGUCUGUCAUAGUUGACGUGUACCUAUGAUGAAAAUUACAGGCCUCUCUCAUCUUUUUAAGUGGGAGAACUUGCACAAUUGGUGGCUGACUAAAUACUUUUUUCCCCCACUGUAGACUGUUCUCUCUGCUACCGCACGGCAAGCGGUACCGGAGCGCCAAGUCUAGUUCCAAAAGGAUUCUUAACAGCUUCUACCCCCGAGCCAUAAGACUGCUGAACAGCUGAUCAGAUGGCCAGCCGGACUAUUUGCAUUGACCCCAUUCCUUUUUUUACGCUGCUGCUAUUCGCUGCUAUUAUCUAUGCAUAGUCACUUCACCCCUACCUACAUGUACAUAUUACCUUGACUAACCUGUACCCCCGCACAUUGACUCAGUACCGGUACCAGUAGCCUCGGUACCCCCUGUAUAUAGCCCCGGUACAACCUGUAUAUAGCCUCGGUACAACCUGUAUAUAGCCUCAUUCUUGUUAUUUUAUUGUUGCUCUUUUCUCUUUUUUUCAAACUUUAGUUUAUUUAGUAAAUAAUCAAAUGGCUACCCAGACUAGUAAAUAUUUUCUUAACUCUUAUUUUUCUUAAAACUGCAUUGUUGGUUAAGGGCUUGUAAGUAAGCAUUUUACGGUAAGGUGUAAUCGGCGCAUGUGACAAAUACAAUUUGAUUUGAUUUGAGUUAAACACGUGUAAAUGGAACGUCCCACUGGGCACAGACAUCAGUUCAACAUCUAGUUUUGAUUUACAUUCGGCUGAGUUGUCAACUAACAUGAAUUCAAUGUGAAAUCAACAAAAACAACACCAUGUCAUUGGAUUUAGGUUCAAAGUUGGGUUCAAAAACAUGAAAUGCCCUUAUGUUGAUGACUUUUUCCAAAUCCAAUCAGUUUUCCACGUUGAUUCAAUGUUUGGUUGAAAUGACGUGGAAACAACAUUGAUUCAACCAGUUUUUGCCCAGUGGGGUAAUUACAAUCUCAUGCACUUUUCUCUCUACACGUAUUCUGACCUUGAAUUUAAGAAUGAGAAUAGCAUGCUAUUCACCUGCUAUUCAUUUGGGGUGGAGAUCAAAUAAAUGAAGUUGUGGCGGAGGUGUGUCUACAGAUACGCCAUAUUCUGACCUUGACUUAAUUCCCUCAUAAUUCCACCACCUUUACGCGCAAAAAAACGAUGAAUAAGGUCGAGCAUCCUGUCGGUUCCAAGUGGAACAACAUCUACUUAAUUGUUUCCGAUAGAAGUAACACCACUCUACGUGCACUGUAAUUUACAAAUUGAUAAGAGCCUCCUGUAGCUCAGUUGGUAGAGCAUGGCGCUUGCAAUGCCAGGGUUGUGGGUUCGAUUCCCAUGGGGGGCCAGUACGAAAAAUUUACGCACUCACUAACUCUAAAUCGCUCUGGAUAAGAGCAUCUGCUAAAUGACUAAAAUGUAGUAAGAGCUAGGUAAAUGAGAAAGCAGCUUGGAUAAGGGAGUUGUAAACAUAGGCCUAAACGACAAAUGUUUUAAACUGAAGCAUAUCAACAUAUCACCUUUUCCACAGUGAAGUUUAUGAAAUGCUGGCCUUAUAAUUUGAAGGGAUGAAAUGUGGCGACCCAAGCUAUAGGCUUCUGUAGCAAUGCGCAAAUGACAGUAUAGCACCAAACCUACCGAGUUGGUUUAUGAUUUCUAGAAUAUUUUAAUUAUAUACCCUGACUUUUUACUGUAUUUAAAUAUAUAUUUAUCGGUAGCCACCAUCAGUUAUAUCCACAUACAUUUAUAACUGUGACUUAAGUGUUAGUUUCCUUACAUUUUGCAUCAUUCCAUUACAUCGUUAGUUUACCUUUCUUUCCUCUGUCUCGUUUGUCUGGUUGUUCCUGAGGAUCACUAGCAAUAAUGGAUCAUAUUAGGCGAACAUAUUACAAGUUGUGCAAUAAUUUGGGACUUGCAGCCUAUUUGAAUCAUUAUGGAACGCAUACAUAGCCGUUUAAACCUGGAGCCUGGCGCACGGUUUAAGACGACUGGACCGUUGUCAUCACAGUUCUAUGAUUAGUGAGGAUUAUUAGGGUAGAUUUAUAAGACUGCUGUUUAACCCCUAUUGUACACUUUUCUCAACUUCUGAUAUUUCACGGAUUGAACAAUUGAAUUUGGCAACUUUCAGGAUGAAUCAAACUACUGUAUUUUUGAUUCACCAAUAUGUCUAGCACAUAAAGGCUCUACAAAACCAUUUUUUAAAUUAUAAUUCAUAAUUGCUUUCCUAACCCUAAAUAAUAUACAAGAUCAGAGUAUUUUUAAAUCUACUAAUUGGUGCUGAAAAGGAGAUGUGUAUUUGCAUGGCUUUCUUUCAUUGAUCCCUAAUAUUCUGCAAGUUCUCUCCAUAUAUUCUAAUUAAAGGUACAGUACCAGUCAAAGGUUUGGACACACCUACUCAUGUCAGGGUUUUUCUUUAUUUGUACUAUUUGCUCAUUGUAGAAUAAUAGUGAAGACAUCAAAACUAUGAAAUAACACAUAUGGAAUCAUGUAGUAAACCAAAAAAGUGCUAAACAAAUCAAAAUAUAUUUUAUAUUUGAGAUUCUUCGAAUAGCCACCCUUUGCCUUGAUGACAGCUUUGCACAAUCUUGGCAUUCUCUCAACCAGCUUCACCUGGAAUGAUUUUCCAACAGUCUUGAAGGAGUUCCCACAUAUGCUGAGCACUUGUUGGCUGCUUUUCCUUCACUCUGCAGUCCGACUCAUCACAAACCAUCUCAAUUGGGUUGAGGUCGGGGGAUUGUGGAGGCAAGGUCAUCUGAUGCAGCACUCCAUCGCUCCCCUUCUUGGUAAAAUAGCCCUUACACAGCCUGGAGGUGUGUUGGGUCAUAAACCCCUGUGUAGCUCAGUUGGUAGAGCAUGGUGUUUGCAAUGCCAGGGUUGUGGGUUCAGUUCCCACGGGGGGCCAGUAUGUAUACCCCACCCCCCCCCCCCCCAAAAAAAGCCACAGUGGUUGGAAACAAACAUCUCCAAUCUGGACUCCAGACCAAAGGACAAAUUUCCACCGAUCUAAUGUCCAUUGCUUGUGUUUCUUGGCUCAAGCAAGUCUCUUCUUAUUAUUGGUAUCCUUUAGUAGUGGUUUCUUUGCAGCAGUUCGACCAUGAAGGCCUGAUUCACUCUGUCUCCUCUGAACAGUUGAUGUUGAGAUGUGUCUGUUACUUGAACUCUGUGAAGCAUUUAUUUUGGCUGGAAUUUCUGAGGCUGGUAACUCUAAUGAACUUAUCCUCUGCAGCAGAGGUAACUCUGGGUCUUCCAUUCCUGUGGCGGUCCUCAUGCGAGCUAGUUUCAUCAAAGCGCUUGAUGGUUUUUGCGACUGCACUUGAAGAAACUUUCAAAGUUCUUGAAAUUUUCCAGAUUGACUGACCUUCAUGUCUUAAAGUAAUGAUGGACUGUUGUUUCUCUUUGCUUAUUUGAGCUGUUCUUUUGUAUACCCCACUACCUAGUCACAACACAACUGAUAGGCUCAAACGCAUUAAGAAGGAAAGAAAUUCCACAAAUUAACUUUUAGGAAGGCACACCUGUUAAUUGAAAUGCAUUCAAGGUGACUACCUCAUGAAGCUAGUUGAGAGAAUGCCAAGAGUGUGCAAAGCUGUCAUCAAGGCAAAGGCAAACUUUGAAGAAUCUCAAAUAUAAAAUAUAUUUUGAUUUGUUUAACACUUUUUUGGUUACUACAUGAUUCCACGUGUAUUAUUUCACACUUUAGUUUUGAUGUCUUCACUAUUAUUCAACAAUGUAGAAAAUAGUACAAAUAAAGAAAAACCCUUGAAUGAGUAGGUGUGUCCAAGCUUUUGACUGGUACUGUGUACCAAAUGUAAAGGGAAGGCUUUUGAUAAAUGUACUGAAAACCCUAUUGAAUGAAAACUCCACAAGAAGUAGGAGGGUUUUCAGCGGUUUAUUCAGUGCGCGCAAGGGAACCACGCCUGGAAAGCACAUUAUACAUAAGGUAAUUCUGAUUACCAACUACUGAGAAGUGCGUAGGAAAGGCAUGUGUAGGAGAGGCGUACGUUUCCUAAGUCUGAAUCAGGCCCUAAAUUACUGGCUAUUAGUUAUAACCUAAGGGAAGUUGCUUUGCAUGGUAUAAACUAGUAUUUCCCUUGUCAAAUAGGAGAGCAGGAUUUAACAGGAAGCCAUUUUGAACAAAGCCUGUUUGGAGAAGACGGAACUCACUCCAACCCACUGGUUAUCUUGAAUUCAAAUUGUUUGGCGUAUUCAAGAUAAGCCAACCAGUGUGUUGUAAUUUUGCAUUUUCAAAAUAUAGUUUUUUUCUCUCAGUGCACCUGGAAAUAGCCUACUAUGUGUGAAUUGCUCUUUAUUCAAUUGAACAAAAGCCAUUUUGGAAAACAACUUGAGAAGGACCCAUAGUCUUGAAUCACCCAUCGGUACUAGGUGUGGCACAGUAAAGGAACCUGGGGUGGAUAGUUCUCAACAGGACUGGAGGUUGGGGUUCUAUUUGAAUAAGUACAAUAUUUUAUGUACUCAACUGACUGAUCUGGUAUAAUUUGUCUACAGUGUCAAUAUUGAAAUCCCAGGUGGUGUUUUGCAUGGGGGGAGAGAGAGAGAGAGAGAGAAGAGAGAGAGAGAGGAUAGAGAUAGAGAGAGAAGAGAGAGAGAGAGAGAGAGAGAGAGAUAGCAUUACGCGCAUAUCGAAAGGAGUAGAUAGAGACCGAGCGAAUCUCGAAGCGCUCUCUCGCUCCUCUCUAUCCGCUCUCUCGCUCGCUCGCGCCUCCUGCCAUCGCUCCGUAGCUCUUCCUCUCGCUCUCUCUCUCUCUCUCUCGACUCGCUCCUCGAGAUGAUCUCUCCUCCUCUCGCUCCUCUCUCUCUCUCUCUCUCUCGCUCUUCUCCCUCCUCUAUAUGAUUACAAAACCCCUCCUCCCUAUUCCGUCCACUUUUUCACAGAAACCCUAAAAGUCAGAGACGUAGAUGAGGUGAGUUCUUCAUUGUCAACAUCUACCCUGUUCAGGCUAUACUCUCCUGUCUCUCUCUAUCUCUCCUUCCAUCAGCUUCAAUCCGUCCAUACUACCAGGGCUCCAUCAGGAUGGUGUCGGCUGGGCUACAGAUGCUGGGCACGGCCCUGGCGAUCGUCGGCUGGCUGGGAAGCAUCAUCAUCUGUGCUCUGCCCAUGUGGAAGGUGACAGCCUUCAUUGGAGCCAACAUCGUCACCGCUCAGGUCAUCUGGGCAGGGUUGUGGAUGAACUGUGUGACCCAGAGCACGGGACAGAUGCAGUGUAAGGUCUACGACUCCCUCCUGGCCUUGCCCCAGGACCUGCAGGCCGCCAGGGCUCUGAUCAUAAUCGCCAUAAUCGCUGGCGUGUUCGCCAUCCUGCUGGGCAUCGCUGGCGGGAAGUGCACCAACUUCGUGGAUAACGAGACCUCCAAGGCCAAGGUUGCCAUCGCUAGCGGAAUCGUCUUCCUCAUUGCUGCCCUUCUGGUCCUGGUCCCUGUCUGCUGGUCGGCCAACACCAUCAUCCGAGACUUCUACAACCCCCUUUUGGUCGAGGCCCAGAGGAGGGAGCUGGGAGCCUCACUCUACAUCGGCUGGGGCUCCGCAGGGCUGAUGAUCCUGGGCGGGGCGCUCCUCUGCAGCUCCUGCCCCCCCCAGCGAUGA